ACAUAUGCCGCACGCGCCUACAAUUUGCUGCUGCUGCUCAAGUCGGGAAGCGCCCACUUUUAGGAUUUUUACAGUAUACAUGGAAUUUAUCCAACAAACAUCAUGGUUUUGUCACCGCUUGAAUUCAGUGAAUGCUAUCUAGAUAGUCCUGAAUUUCGGGAGAAAUUACGAGCUCAUGAGAAUGAACUUGAGAGGACUAACAAGGCAAUCAAAGAGCUCAUUCGUGACGGGAAGGCUCUCCUCACUGCUGCACGAAAUCUGUCCAAGGCACAGCGAGCCUUCUCAGAAACCCUUUUGAACUUCAACUUUGAAUGCAUAGGUACUUCACAAACAGAUGCUGAAAUUGAUAUCUCACAAUCCUUGAAGGAGUUUGGUCGUCUUAUUGCCUUGAUUGAAGAUGAGCGGGAUCGAAUGCUUGAACAUGCCAAAGAUCAGCUCAUUGUGCCACUUGAAGCCUUUAGGAAAGAACAAGUUGGUCCUGCUAAGGAAGGAAAGAAGGACUUUGAAAGACAAACAGAGAAGUUCUGCAAGUCUCUUGAUUCAUAUGUCAGUUUAUCAACAAGAAAAAAGGAAGCUUCUUUACAAGAGGCUGAUGCUGCCCUUGAUAUGGAGAGAAGACAGUUUCACAAAGACUCACUCUGCUAUGUCUUCAGAAUGCAACAAGUUCAAGAAAAGAAAAAGUUUGAGUUUGUAGAAACGUUAUUAGGAUUCAUGUACAGCUGGCUCACAUUCUACCAUCAAGGUCAUGAAGUAUCAAGAGAGUUCAAACCGUACAUGACAGAACUUCAACUGAAAUUACAAAAUAUUCGAGCAGGUUUUGAUGCAACGAAAGAAGAAGCUGAGAAUCUAAUGCACAAGAUGAUGGAAAAACCACAUGAAAACAGGAAGAACAAAUCAACACAAGAAGGCUAUCUAUUUCUCUAUGAAAAACGAGCACUGGGUUCCAGUUGGAUUAAACAGUACUGUCACUACCAUAAGGAUUCUAAGAAACUUGUCAUGCAACAAUAUGUACAGACCCUACCAAAAGUUACCUCAGAGGAAACCGUAACAGUUCUAACAUGCACAAGAAGAAUGUCAGAGUCGAUAGAAAAACGGUUCUGCUUUGACAUCACAAUCAUGGAGAAACCCAACGUAUUAACCUUCCAAGCUAUCACAGAGGAAGAAAGAUCACAAUGGAUGCGUGCAAUGGGUGGAAAAGAACCGGUGUACUUAAAUCCAUCACAAAUUUCCAAUUCAGAUGAAAAUCUUCUCAAUGACAUUGGUUUUCACUUUAUCAGGAAAUGCAUAGAAGCUAUUGAGAGUAGAGGUCUUGAUGAUCAAGGUUUGUACAGAGUAGUUGGAGUCAACAGCAAAGUUCAAAGGUUAACCUCACUCUGUUUAGAUAAGAGGAAACCUCAGAAUGUCAAUCUAUCUGAUUCUGGUGAAUGGGAAAUCAAAACAAUCACAAGCGCUCUCAAGAACUACUUCAGGAAUCUACCAGAGCCUCUCAUGACACACAAGUGUCAUGAUGAACUAAUGUUAGCAGCAAAGCAAGAAUCCAAGACACUGAGAGUAAAUGAUAUCCAUGCCAUCAUACACACACUUCCAGAACCAAACUUUGAGAUGCUUGAUCUAGUAAUAGGUCAUUUAAACAGAGUGGCAAGUAACAGUGAAAAGAACCUGAUGACGGUUGCAAACCUUGGGGUGUGUUUCGGACCAACCUUAAUGAGACCCGAAGAAGAGACGAUGAAAGCAAUCAUGGAUAUCAAGUUCUCUAACAUCAUCAUUGAGAUACUCAUAUCAAACUAUCACAAGAUCUUCAAGACUACACCAGAUGGUUUACCUCCAGCUCUAUCAACCAGGACACCUACGACCAACUUCCCCAAUUCAGCCUCUUCCUCUAUCUCCUCAUCAUCGAGUGCAUCCUCAUCAUCCAGGGCGUCACCGAUGCAUGCCAAAUCAGCCACGCCCAACUCCACCCCUAAAGACGGGAGACAGGUGCAUGCCAUGGAUAGUAGCAGUAGCACGGUAUCAAGGGAACCAUCGCCAAGGAGACCAGGUGAAACCUUAAAGAACAAGUGGAAUGAUAGAUUUAGGAGGACAGACCAUGCCAAUCGGGCCAAUAAUAAUGCAACGCACCUGCACAAUGGGGGCGUGACACAGACCCUCCCACGUACCCCACCUUUCAGGACGACGGGUAAUAGCAUGUUCUAUACCAGACCUAUGAAUUCCCCUCCACCGGUUUCACCGAAGCCCAAGUCACCCCCACCGGUGACGCUCCGAUCUAGGACUCCUCAACCACAGUCACCUACCCCUAGUAAUGAUGCUUUCCCACGUAGUGUCACCCCCAGCCCGAGCUCUACCGCACCUAGUCUCACAGACACUUAUCACAGUGAUAUUCCUGUUUACAGUCAAGUUGUGACGUAUCGCUCUCACAAAGACCCUAAUGCCAACCAACCCAAAGAGACACCAAUGCAUGGAACAUCAAUGAAGAGUCCUCCACCUGAGCAGCACAGUCUGGAAGGCAACCGACCGGGGGAAUCAUCCAUGUUGAUGGAAUCGGGACGAGUGGCAGCGCUCAGACGGCGCUUCCUGCUCACACCUCACACAGACAAGCCAGUUGAGGCUCAGUACAGCAGUAGUAGCAGCCAUGAGUCCAUAAGUUCACAAUCGUCGCUGUCUACGCAUUCUUCAAAUUCUUCACCACCGACCAGUAAGAAAGCAAACUCUCUCUCGACAGUAUUUUGGAGAUCAAUACAAAUGAGGAAAUAUCCUAAGUAUCACACAUACCAUGGCAAAAGCCCUCCCCAAAGUUUGGAAGAGGACCGGCCUAGCCCCCUAAGAACCUUCCGAUCACCCUCUGACCUCCCAAGAACAGGGGCACCUAUAUCAAGACCACCGUUAGCGAGAGCAGAUGAAGUGGACAAUCAUGAAGGACCAAUAAGAUCUAAGAGUUCAUCAUCUAGUUCAAGCGCAUCAUCAUCAUCACAACGUAGCACUGAACCAUCGUCAUCCAAGGGAACCCCCGGUGAUCAAUCUAUAUACGACUCAGUUGGAAAGAAGGGAAUAUGUGUGCGGACUUUAUACGCAUGUGAUGCUGAUAAUGAGUCUGAGCUAUCCUUUCAACCGAACCAGAUCAUAGUCAAUGUACGUUCAUCAAAGGAAAGGGGUUGGUUACUCGGCACACUGAACGGGAAGACGGGACUUGUACCAGAAAACUACGUCCAAGCACUGCAGUGACACUGAAGACCGCCCUCACCCUGUACAAGCGCACAACAGGCCAAGAUGGGAGAGGGCUUCCUAAAGAACUCCUAGACAAUGGAAGCAUGAUGCUAACAUGCUGUGAACACACCUUCAUCUGGAGACAUAGUAUGGACUUACUGAAAGAUGAUAUGUGGUAUAUAAACAAAAUUGGUUGUAAGCUAUUUUUUCUUUGACUCAAAUACGCAUACUUUGUGAACAGAGACGUAUUCUGUUAAUUUGAAUUGCAACCUGCAUAGGUGGUUUCAGAUUCUUUAUUAUAUUUCAUAAAGUUAGGCUCUAUUAUAGAAAAAAAAUCAUUUGAUAUUACUUUUGUUGUGUUUCAGCAGAAGAUAUAUCAAUGUAAUGCAAUGCAAAUCAUAUCAAUGCAAACUUGAUCUCGGAAAUAAUUCGACGGUGAAUUUUUAAAAUCUUCAAUCGUCUGAAUUUUUCUGAGAUUGUUAAUAUUAUUAGCUAUGAUUACUUUUGAUGAGGUUGAUAAGGUAAGAAUUGCAAAGCGAAGCUGGUUCAUGUUUUAACUCGUGCAUUAUUACAUCAUAUCUUAACUGCCAUCUCUGGAUGCAAUCAGAAUAAUCUGCAUAAUGUUACUGCCGAGUGUUUCUUUGUUGUUGAAAAAAAAGAACAAUUGGAAUUCAUCAGGUUUUCAAAAUCUAACCUUUUAGUUUGAAUUAUCUCAAAGUUUUGGUGACAAUUUUUCCAAGAUUAUGGGAGCUCCUCAUGUGAUGAUCACAUAAUGGGGUGUUUUCCGACUCGCUUGCAAACCCCAAAAUACUUGGUAUUUUACCAAUAUGAAAACAAAUUACUUGUUUUUAAAUGGGCAAUAAUAUACCCUGAAAGAUAAUACCCACUAAAUAGUAGGUAUUUUGCAAAAUCAAAGAUUUAUUUUGAUUUCUCAUUUGAUCCCAUUUACAAUUGUGGAAGGUCAUUCCUAUAAAGGAAAUACAUAUUUUAUUCUUUGGGCCUUUCUUUGAUUUUGAUAAUUUAUAUGAUGAUGUUGAUUAUUAUGAAAGGCAUGAGAGAUGGUUAAUUUUCUACUCUUUGAGCCUUUAAGUCAGAUAAUAUGUAUCAUGUUUACUAUUAUUAUCAUGGGAGAUUAUGGAUAAAGAAAAUAUCAUCGAUGAUAUUGUGUACAUAUAUUUUAUUCUGUAUCACAGCUGUUCAAACAUUUUCAGAUACAGUUGUUAUAUGCAUCAACGAGAUUGUAAAUAGUAAUAAUUAUAACGAAAGUGUGAGUGUGCAGCUAUAUGUAAUCAGAGGAGAGAGAGAAUGUAUGAGAGAUGUUGUUGAUAAAAGGUGAGAUUAAGAGAAUCGUCAGAUAGCCACACCCACUUACAUCAGCAUUGUAUGAUAUCAAGAUUGCAUGUUAGUUUCACUACAUUAACCAUUGUACAUAUGAGUGAGUGAUGAUUUCUUUGUCAUUUCCUCUCUGUAAAUGUUUGAUGAAUUUUUGACACAUUUUUUUUUGGUGAGUGGAUGAUUUACAUAGUGCUCCCCACGGUCACCUAACAAACGGUUGUACAUGUAAUUUGAUAAAAAAAACAAUGCUAUUCAAUUAAUAUAUCUUAAUAAUAUUAUAAAGACAAGUGCUGUAUAUGCAAAGCUGUAUAAAUGUACAUAUACUGAGAGUGUAGAGAUUGUGCAGCCAUUCUGAAUAGGAUGGCCGAUUCUACUUCCCCCUUGUCUAUCUUUCUUUGUUUUGCUCCAUGUUGAAGGGGUUGCUAUAGGUUUGAAUGAGCUCUUCACAUCAGUGACAUUCCAACUGUAAUACUGUUACAUGUCUUGUCUUUGUAUAAAUCGUCAAUGAGAGAGGGCGCUUGUCUUCUAUUUCCUAAGUUAGCUCUUGAGUUUUUACAAGUUUUGAUUUUAUUUGAUUGAUGCAUAUAGACCCUUGUAGGUAUUUUAGAUUAUUUUUUACAAACAUGCUUAUUUGAUAGUCAUAUGUUUAGUUAGUCUGCUUUGAUGCAAUGUUUUUUUUAAUGUUUAUUAAGUUCAAAGUUCAUGCAGAGUUAACAGACAAAUGAUUUUUAAACCUGUAACCUUGCUUUUGAUCUCUGUCCAAGUUAAUCCAUACUUAAAAUAUCUGUACGAUAUGUAUCUGUGCUAUGAGUUUUUUACUUCUUGAAAUGUAACCUUGUCCAAUUACAGUGAUUGUAAUUUGCUUCUAAAAACUUGGCUUUGUCACUCAUUCAGGAGGAGGGGGAUCACAGGGUGAUGAAAUUCAUCUAAAGGCCCCGUAAAAUUGCCCUUUAUUAUACUCAAAAUCUUGGUAUAGUAAAGAUUACAAACUGAAGAUACAAUAAUUUGUCCAUUAGCUUAGCCAAAUCCUAAUGAUUUACUGACCAAUUCAGUUUGUUUAGACCAUCCUCGCUUUUCAAAUACAUAUCACUUAGUUUGACCCACCUCCAUACUUAGAUUCAUUGUAAACUACAUUAUUAAUGGAGUGAAAAUCGAAAUUCUUCUUUAUGCUCCUGGCAAAACUAAACUUUGACUGUAAUUACAGACGUUUUUUAAAUAUCUCAUUUUGUAAGGCCUUGAAAAUUCAACAAAACCAAGGAAAUCAGAUAUUUUUGGUUUGAGUGAAGGUUUCAUGGUGUGUUAUUCACACACAUUGCAGAAUGUUUCCUCAGAAAUUGUAAAUAAAAUACCUGUUUCAUACUGCAGUAGAAUUAUACACUUUGGUUUUGUAAUCUCCACAGAUUUGCUUCUUAUACAGUUAUGUGGACUAUACACUGUAUUUCCAUGAUUAUUAAUUAUUCUUAUGUCAGUAAAAAUUGUUACAAUGUAAUCUAAUUACAAUCCAAUCAGGAUGCAUACUAAACCAAUUUAAACAAUCCGGUUCUUAUUUACAGUGUUUAUAUUUGUUUUAUGUUAUGUUGUAUGAAACUCAUAUAUUUUUUCCUGGUUAUUUAUUAUUUCUGGGUAAUUCAUAAAAUAAUUUAUAUGGAGUAUCCUGGCAUUUCAUGUGAGUUAAGGUCCCUGAAUUCAUCAAGUUUGUCUACAUUUUUUUUUUAGGGGUGGGGGCACAAAAUUUGAAAGGGGACAUUUUUUAGGGACCAAGUGAUAAGGAUAAGGACAGAAUUUCUUUUUGGUUGGGAAGGAGUACAGAAAUUUUCUGUAAAAUUUGGAUGAUAGAACUUCGGGCAUAAUCACACCCAUACUCUGGGCUGCUCAAUAAGUGUAUACCAAUAUUCAGUAAACUUAAAAUGUUAUGGCUAAUUUCUGUAUAUCUAAAUUAGAUUGUAAUUCACAAUUAUAAUAUUCUCUUAAUAACCAAGUCCUAUGCUGAAUUUGAGAUAAGAUUGGGGGGAUUCCAAAGUUGUAAGUUCAUGUGUAUGUCAGAGAUAUAUGAGUAAAGGGUUUGAAGAUUUCAUACUCUAUAUUGUAUACCCACGGAACGUGAAAACAUAACAGCCUUAAAAAUGUACAACCCUACCAUAAAAUCUUUAGAAUUGAUUAAAGAGUGAAUGUUAGAUAUAUAUUAUGUUGCUCAUCUAACCAUGGUUUAUAAAUCUUUCUCAUAUUUCAAGAAUCAGUGACUCAUUUGUUUUAUAUCAAGUUAAAGGUACUGACGUGUACAUGUAGCAGUGUUUAUUUUAUUGUAGAGUGUUUCUUUGUAUUGUUAUUCUGUAUGUCUUAUUGACACUUGUAACAUUAGUGACUAUUCAUGUUAAAAACUUGCUUUAACUGAAGUCUACGUGUAUUCAAAAUCAUUAUUUGAUCAGAAACAUAUACAAUUAUUAUUAGAUAUAUUUUUGUAGGAACAUAUAUUAUAUGAUUUCUUUAUCUUUCCUGAAAUCAAAUUGUAGCUUUAUGGUGUAUUGGAGAUUGUUUCCUAUUUUUUCUGUGAGAGAGUCUUCUGACUUAUGUAUCAGGAAUCAUAACCUUUUUGUGCGCGUGUUCUGCCUUUAUACUUACAGUUAAGUUUUGAGAUGAAAUAUAAUUAAAACAAUCAUAUUUUGUUUCUUAAAUGCUUUAAUCACUCUGUAAGCUUUUAAGUGUAUUACUCAUUAUGUUGCAUGUAGUAGUCUUAGCAGAUAUAUCACAGAGCACUUCAUUUUAUCUGUCAAUCAUUCUAAAGAAAAAAAAAUAAUAUCCCUUUUUUAUUAUGAUAUAUAUUGCCAAAUUAUUGUGACAGAUAUGAUGGAUGAUUGAGCCUAUUAACCCCAAUAAAACUUGAAAUGU